GCUUAAACCUCGGGCCACCGUUCAGUUCCCAAAAACCCUUCACCGCCGACGAGGGAGAGAGAGAGAGAGAGAGAGAGAGAUGUGUGGAAUUGCGUUGAUAGCAUCUGGAAUUCAUCUCCAUCUCGAUCCGGCGGGUUCCGCGCCGGCAACUGAGCCCCUCCCGCUGUCCCUAGAUGAUCUUAAGGGGGCUCUGCUGAGGAGGGGACCAGAUAGUCUGGGCAGUAAAAGGCUAUUGCUUCAUUCAAAUGGUUCCAGCAUAAUCAACAAGCAAGAGAUUGUUACUUCCAUCGAAGAUGAAGUGACUGUAGAUACCGAAAACUCCCAUUCCGCAAAUGAAAGUUUUUCCAGUUCGUUCCUAAAUGGAGAAACUCCUGUGGAGGAGAAGGCCUUUGAUAUCCAUUCAUUUGCUGGAGAGCUGCUCUUUCUUGGUGCCACGUUGCAACUUAGGGGAGUAACUACUAUUGUUCAGCCGUUGGUGGAUAAAUUCAAGAAUAUCCUUGUUUACAAUGGUGAGAUUUUUGGAGGAAUACCUGUGGGAUGUGACGAAAAUGAUGCUGAAAUUCUUUCACAAUAUCUCGCAAGAUGCUGCUUUGGUAGCUCUCAGGGGGAUGAUUGUUCAUGUUGCUGUACUGGCAAUGAGGAAGAUUCUGUUCCAGAUGUUCUUUCGAGAUUAAAGGGUCCAUGGGCUAUCGUUUAUUGGCAGAAUAGUACAAGAACCCUCUGGUUUGGUCGAGAUGCAUUCGGCAGACGGAGCCUCCUUGUUCACUGGCCAACUGCGGAAGACCCGCGAUUGCUGCUUUCUUCUGUAGCGCCUACUUUGGUCGAGCACAGUUCUGCUGCAGAUAUGCAAUUCGAAAAUGGAGUCAACCAGCAGAAAUAUUGGGAAGAGCUCACCUGUGGGAUAUAUAGCAUGAAAAUUGAUGCUUCAAUUUUGAAUGGCCGUCUAGUUGGUGAGAUCAAGAGUCAUGAGUGGAAUAAUUCCAUGGUUAAGGAACUGAUUCACUGGGAAAGAACUUAUGUUGAGCCGACUGCUGAAGAGCUAUUUUUGUCCCGAGGGUCUGGAAAAGCCUCUCCGUCAGUGUUAGCUGAGAAAGUUCUGACUGCUUUGAGGGAGUCUGUCCUGCGUCGGACUUCUCAUAAAUUUUUUCAGACUACUGCAUGCGAUUUUAGAGAGCAAUUCUCUCCUGUGGCUGUUCUUUUCUCGGGCGGGUUGGAUUCCAUGAUAAUAGCAGCAAUUUUGGACCAGUGCAUAGACCCUCGGUUUGACAUUGAUCUGCUUAACGUUAGCUUUGAUGGUCCUUCUGCUCCGGAUCGAAUCUCUGCAAGAGCAGGAAAGAAGGAGCUGGGAAGAAUUGCUCCCUCGAGAAGGUGGAGACUUGUAGAGAUAGAUGCUGAUUUGUCAAACUUGAGCUCCGAAACGAAGCAUGUUAUGUCACUUAUUCAUCCUGCUAAUACGUACAUGGACCUGAAUAUUGGAAUAGCUUUAUGGCUGGCUUCUAGUGGUGAUGGCUGGGUGUAUGAAGAAAGAGAUAAUAAAAGUGAUGAGGAUCUUCAACUUCAUAAUUACAAAAGUCAUGCCAGAAUUGUCCUCGUUGGUUCUGGCGCCGAUGAGCAGUGUGCUGGCUAUGGCAGACAUAAAACAAAAUAUAAACAUGGAAGUUGGCUUGGGCUUGAUGAGGAGAUGAGAUUGGACAUGCAGAGAAUUUGGAAGAGGAACCUGGGAAGAGAUGAUAGAUGCAUAGCUGAUCAUGGGAAAGAGGCAAGAUUCCCUUUCUUGGAUGAAGAUUUCAUAAAAGUUUUGCUUGAUAUUCCUUUGUGGGAAAUUGCGGACCUUGAGCAACCAAGUGGUAUCGGUGACAAGAAGAUUUUGAGAGAGGUUGCGAGGUUGCUUGGUUUACAUGAAGCAUCAGCUCUACCUAAAAGAGCAAUUCAGGUUUGCACUUUUAUUGGGCCAUUCAUUUGUGCUUGUGGGGAAUUUGGGCGUGAGCUCCAUGGCAUGUUACUAUGCUCUUUCUUGAGAAAGCAAUUGCUUAUUUUCAGUAUCUUCUUAAGUUGAUUUAUGGAGGCAUUCUUUAGGAUAGGGUCAAGGCUUACAUCUAAGUCUCUUCAUAUCUAGUUUAUGUGCAUAGCAAUGUAUCUGGAUUCCCCUUUACGAAUGGUGUGCCACAGUCGUCAUUAUAUGUCCCUACACAUGCACAUUAUAAUGCUCAUCCUAGUGAUUCACAUUUGUCCCUCUCUUGCUUCAUUUUUUCGCGGCACUUUGCACUUGUCAUUUUCCUUGAUAAAUGCGGAGGCAAGACCUCAAGCACGGAUAUAUGAAACUUUGUUUGCAGCUACAUAUCAUAAUGUGAUUAUUUUAGCUCCUUGUUGCUUUGAAAUGACGGUGUCCAGUUUCUACGCUAGCACCUCUUUAAUCUGCAAUUUGCAGUAAUCUUCUACAUAUGAUAUAGAAAAAUCAAGCAGACAAUAACAGAUGUAUGUUUUACUGUUUAAAGUUUGGUUCAAGAAUUGCAAGAGAAUCAAACCGGAAGAACUUUGGAAGUAACCGCGCAGCAAACCAAGCGUCUGCAGGAAGCGUGACAAUUCACAUGCCUUAGGAGCUGAGUUUUGAGGAAUUACCAAAAAAAUUUGGAAGUCUUCCUCCGUGGUUCUGAUUGCUUGACCAUGCCCCUUGGUUUUGACAUAUCAGUAUCAGGUCCAGGAUCUGAAAGAGUAGGUGAAUGUGAUCCACGAACCAGCUCAAGUAUUCAUUUCUGCUCGUCGGAUGGUUCUUGCUGUUCGAAGAGCAGCAUAUAUCGUCUUCCCCAGCACAAAGUCAUCAAAGACACAGUUUUGGGUGAUUAAUUUAGCGAACAUACUCAAACUAGUUGCUUUUGCAGACCUUCCCGGUUGAUUUUUUCUUAUCACCAGGUGGGCCUAGGUAGGCUUGAAGCCUGCUGGGAAAUUCAUUAGAGAUCGGAAAUGUUGAGGAAAGAACAAGGUGUUUUCGUAUCUAGGCGAUCCUUUUAAGCUAAUGCUAACUUCACUAGACCUCUUCAGAUUUAUGGGCUGCUUGACAUCGAUUAUGUAAUAUUUUUUGUCACUUCUUGUUGGAUUUACAGUAACUCGCUUCAGCAGAAAGAAUUUCGUGUUUUUCCAUGCUGCA